UUGGGGGGGGGGGGGGGGGGGGGAGUUUUGCUUGUUGGAGAAUAUGGAUAUUGAGAUGGAGAUCGUUAAAACGAACGGGAACGACACCGUGGCACAUUUGGGGACCACGGGGACCGGUGACAAUCACGCUGACAGAUGCCACAGCACCACCGAGAGAAGCGUGUUGCUGGCCGCUCAGAAGAACGGUCACAACGGCGAGACGAUGCGUUCAGGACGUCUGGCAACUGAGGAGGGUGCGGUGUACAGGGUGAAGAGGGAGCUGAGCGAGGCGGUGUGCGGCAAAGUGCGCCUGUGGAUGCUGCUCGCUUUGCUCGCCGUCCUCAUGGCAGCCGUCAUCCUCCUCUCUCUGGCCGUGUGCUCAGCCGUUCACGAGGACCCGGACGAGAAGUUCGACCGGUCUUUGUUCCGAGUUCCUCGCAUCUUCAACGGCAGCUUCCGUCUGCCCGGCCUCGCGUUCACCGAGGACCUCCUCAGCAUUUCCUCCAAUCAGAGCCGAGCCCUCGCCAGCGACCUGGAGGGCAAGGUGUCAGGCCUGUACAGAUCUUCCCCUGCACUCGGACGCUACUUCUCCAAAGCUGAAAUUUACGCUCUCCGGAACGACUCGGUGAUCGCCGAGUACCAGCUGACGUUCGUCAUGCCCGAGGAGCACGAGGAGCAGCUGCGGAGGUUCACGCUGAGCAGGGAGAUGGUGUACAACGUGCUCAGACAGUUCCUCUACGAUCAGCAGGAUAGCGACGCGUCCCCCGCGUCCUCUUUGUACAUCGACCCUGUUUCCCUCAAGUUGUCAUGAGAUCAAGAAGAUUACAUUCAGCCUUUUGCGCGGGGCCGACUGACGUUCCCCUCGCUGGUUCCGUUCCCGCCGGGGCUUCUCUACCU